GUAAAAUCUACUUUUCAUUUACGACAUUGCUAUCGAAGAGCAAGGUGGAACGAAGAAACAAUUUGUCGAAUUAAGUAUUUGUUACCGGCGAAAUUAAACAUUAAUUUCUUGUAUUAUUAUUGAAAUUAGUUAAUAAAAAUCAGAAAAUGCCGGUCAAAGCAGUCUGUGUGCUUAAUGGUGAUGUAAGCGGCACCGUGCUUUUCGAUCAGAAGGAUGAUAAAUCUCCUGUAGUGGUAACUGGAGAGGUCAAAGGUCUAUCUAAGGGAAAGCACGGUUUCCACGUCCACGAGUUUGGCGACAACACAAACGGCUGCACCUCCGCCGGGCCACACUUCAACCCGCUAAAGCAAGAGCACGGAGCUCCGAACGCGAGCGUGAGGCACGUGGGCGAUCUGGGCAACAUUGAGGCCUCUAGUGACGGUGGUGUUACUAAAGUAUGUAUCCAAGACUCGCAGAUUUCCCUCUCCGGACCCCACAGCAUCAUAGGGCGUACCCUGGUAGUCCACGCUGACCCAGAUGACCUUGGUGUUGGAGGACAUGAACUGAGCAAAACCACUGGCAAUGCUGGAGCUCGUAUCGCGUGCGGAGUUAUUGGGCUGGCCAAAGCCGAUUAAAUAACACAAAAAUAUGACGCCUAAAAUUGGCGCCAAAUUGAACAAAAUAAUGUUGCCAGUACCAAUUUUGCCUAUAGUAACUUCAUAGAUAUUUUGGUGUGUGAGGAAAUGAUAAAUUGAUAUUACAGUGUGAUGUGUUGAAAUAUAUCAAAGAUUGUAUGCAUGAUGUAAAUUGAUACUGGCAACAUUUAUAAAAUUUGAUGUUACUCAUCAAAAAUAUUUUAAGCAUAAUCUAAAUUAUAAACUGUUGGUGUGUUUAGCAUUCCUUGAAAUCUCGUGUUUCACUUUUUUGUUAUUUUGGUGCAGGGAAAAACUGUAUUUAAAUCCUGUCUGCCAUAUGCUUGUUUUGUUUAGUAAAUAAAUAUUAUGUAUGUAUAUGCA